CUGGGCUGCCAGCCCACAGGCGUCUCCCUAAGAGAAGGCUGCCAUGGAUCCAUUCCUGGUCCUGGUGCUCAGUCUGUCCUGUCUGCUUCUCCUCUCACUCUGGAGACCGAGCUCCGGGAGAGGGAAGCUCCCUCCGGGCCCCACUCCUCUCCCACUUAUUGGAAACAUCCUUCAGAUAGAUAUGAAGGACAUCAGCAAAUCCUUAACCAAUCUCUCAAAAGUCUACGGCCCCAUGUUCACUCUGUAUUUUGGCCUGAAGCCUACUGUAGUGGUUCACGGAUAUGAAGCAGUAAAGGAAGCCCUGAAUGACCUCGGAGAGGAAUUUUCUGGAAGGGGUAGCUUCCCAAUUGUUGAAAGAACAAAUAAUGGCUUUGGAGUCAUUUUCAGCAAUGGAACAAAAUGGAAGGAGCUUCGGCGCUUCUCACUUAUGACCUUGAGGAAUUUUGGAAUGGGGAAGCGGAGCAUUGAAGAUCGCAUUCAAGAGGAAGCAUGCUGUCUUGUGGAAGAGCUAAGGCAAACAAACGGCUCACCCUGUGAUCCCACAUUCAUCCUAAGCUGUGCUCCCUCCAACGUGAUCUGCUCAGUUAUUUUCCACAAUCGUUUUGAUUAUAAAGAUGAGAAUUUUCUUAACUUGAUGGAGAAAUUCAAUGAAAACUUUAAAAUUUUGAACUCCCCAUGGAUGCAGGUCUGCAAUGCUCUCCCUGCCUUCAUCGAUUAUCUCCCAGGGAGCCAUAACAAAGUAAUUAAAAAUUAUACUGAAAUAAAAAAUUAUAUUUUGGGGCGAGUGAAAGAACACCAAGAAACACUGGACAAGGACAACCCUCGGGACUUCAUUGACUGUUUCCUGAUCAAAAUGGAACAGGAAAAGCACAAUCCACACUCUGAGUUUACUAUUGAAAGCUUGAUGGCGACUGUGACUGACUUGUUUGUAGCUGGAUCAGAAACCACAAGCACUACCCUGAGAUACGGACUCUUGCUCCUACUGAAACACAGGGAGGUCACAGCUAAAGUCCAGGAAGAGAUUGAUCGUGUGAUUGGCAGACACAGGAGUCCUUGCAUGCAGGACAGAGCCCGCAUGCCCUACACGGAUGCAAUGCUACAUGAGAUCCAGAGAUACAUUAACCUCAUCCCCAACAAUGUGCCCCAUGCAGCUACUUGCAAUGUCAGAUUCAGAAAUUAUGUAAUUCCCAAGGGCACAGACUUAAUAACAUCACUGACUUCUGUGCUAUAUGAUGACAAAGCAUUUCCCAACCCAGAAAUAUUUGACCCUGGCCAUUUUCUGGAUGAGAAUGGAAACUUUAAGAAGAGUGACUACUUCAUGCCUUUCUCAACAGGAAAGCGGAUGUGCGUGGGAGAGGGCCUGGCUCGCAUGGAGCUGUUUUUGCUCCUGACCACCAUCGUACAGAAUUUUAACCUGAAGUCUUUGGUUGAUACAAAGGACAUUGACACUACCCCGGUCUCCAGCACUUUUGGCCGUGUGCCACCUCUGUAUCAGCUACACUUCAUUCCUCGUUAGAUGGGGACAGACUGGCUGUU